UAAACAAACCACUAACAGACUCAAAAAUCCCGAUUUUGCAGAAUUAAAUUCUCUGUUACAUUUUAUUUCUCCUAGGCUGGUCCUAUAUUGAAUGUGGUAAAGGAAAGCUGGAACUUUCCAAUUAAUUGCCAUUUUUUGUUCUCUGAGCUGGUCUCCUUCUUUGUUUUGAUUUUCCCUUUUUAUAUUCCUUUCUUUACACACAGGUGCUGGUCACUUGAAAAGUAAAAAGUAAAAGAAGACAUUGACAAAAUACUGAGACCUUGUCAAUAGAUUCUUGGAUUACACCCAACAUAUAUUUCUUCGUCGUUCUUUUUCUUUAGUCUCUCUUUAUCCUCUUAAGCAUUUUUGUCGUUAUACUUAAAAUUAGUAUUCCUAUAAAAUAUGGACGUUAGCAGCAAUUUGUCUUAUGUUUCUAAAUUUUCUACCCCUACGAAAAAGAGACCUCUGGUAUAUCCAAAUAGUCCAAUUACGCCUCUGCACCAGCAGGCUCUUCUGGGUAAAGUUAGCCGCUCAGCGAAAAAAAGCCCAACAAAGACUUCCUUCAAUUUUGUCCGAGGCUCACCAAAACUUGAUGUCGUUGCAUCUGACUGGUCAUUGCCGACUGCAGUGAAUUCUCCUCGUGCUAAACACCGUUGCUUGAAUCACAGUGACAGAUUCAUCCCUUCAAGACAAAAUUCAGCUAACGCAUUUGUUAGUAAUCAAAAACAUGAAUUGUCGGCUGAGUACAAUGAAUCAGUAGCCGAAGCUUGUGGUUUGGAUUUAAAUACACGCAUCCUUGCUUUUAAACCAGAUGCACCUGAAUCAAAGAAGCCUGUAGAUUUGCGUGCUCAAUAUAACCGACCUCAAAAACCCGUUGUUUCACAGACAAAGCGCAAGUUUGCUACCACGCCAGAGCGAGUCUUGGAUGCGCCUGGCAUCGUUGAUGAUUAUUACUUGAACUUAUUAGACUGGUCUAAUUUGAAUGAUGUAGCUAUCGCACUCGAGAGAAACGUUUACGUUUGGAAUGCCGACAGCGGUGAUGUUCGUGGUUUAGCAGAAACGGAUGAAUCUACUUAUGUAGCUGGGUUGAAAUGGUCUCAAGACGGUACAUUCUUGUCUGUAGGACUUGGUAAUGGAUUGGUUGAGAUCUAUGACGUUGAGUCUCAAAAAAAGCUUCGAACGAUGGCCGGUCAUCAGGCGAGGGUAGGUGUUUUGGCUUGGGAUCGUCACAUUCUGUCCAGUGGCAGUCGCUCAGGUGCUAUUCACCAUCAUGAUGUCCGUAUUGCUCAGCACAAAGUGGGCGAAUUAUUGGGACAUGAGAGUGAAGUGUGUGGACUGGCAUGGCGUUCGGAUGGUCUUCAGUUAGCUUCUGGUGGUAAUGAUAAUUUGGUUCAAAUCUGGGAUGCUAGAUCGUCUAUUCCUAAGUUUACAAAAACCAAUCACACUGCGGCUGUUAAGGCUGUAGCAUGGUGUCCUUGGCAAAGCAAUCUAUUAGCAACCGGUGGAGGUACGAUGGAUAAGAAGAUUCAUUUCUGGAAUGCCGCUACCGGAUCGAGAGUCAACACAGUGGAUGCUGGUAGUCAAGUAACGUCGCUAACAUGGAGCCCUCAACUUCGAGAAGUUAUAUCCACCCACGGUUUUCCUGAUAAUAAUUUGUCGGUCUGGUCUUAUGGCACGGCAGGUGUCACUAAGCAAGUGGAUAUACCCGCACAUGAUAGCAGAGUAUUAUACUCAGCUCUCUCACCCGAUGGACGAAUUUUGUCUACAGCAGCUAGUGAUGAAAAUUUGAAGUUUUGGCGAGUAAAUGACAGUGAAACAAAGAAGAGGACUGGAAUAUUUGCUAAAGCUGGACCUUCCAAUAUGACUAUCCGGUGAUGUACAAAAUAUACUUACAAACGUUCAAUGAUCGACCUUGUCCUUUCGGUUACCAAUCCUCUUAAUGAGCUGACUAUUUAUUUGCCUAAUGCAUUAAUGACGUUGAUAAAUUCUUAUGAUUAAUACUAAUAUGUUACUUAAUGGUCUUUAACUGAACACUGUAU